AUGGUUGUUAAAAGGAUGUUGUGCAUGUUGGUGUAUGUAUCUAGUCUUGUGGGUAUUGGGACUCUGAAGUUCAUCAAGCAGUUCUUGUAUUUGUCAGAAUUGUUUGCAUUAAUGAGACUGUUACCAAAACCCACAUUUGAGGAAGCUAUUCGAAAGUGGAAAAGUUGUAAAAUUGACAGUGCAGACCCAGUUGUCAUUCUCAUUAACAGAAAUAAUAUCCUGGAUUCAGUAGAGAGAGCUGUAAAAAAGCACAGUUUCAGCUGGCUUAAGCAAGUGAAAGUAUCUUUUUCUGGUGAGGAAGCUGAUGAUCUAGGCGGUCCUAAAAGAGAAUUUUUUAACCUACUGAUGAAAGAAGUGAAGAAUCUUGUUGGUGAAAAUGGAAGUUUACAACAUAAUCUUAGUAAAUUAGAAGCUAAUGUCUAUUACUCGGCUGGAAGAUAUAUAGUUUGGAGCAUAUUACAUGGUGGUGGGGCUUGCAAGUUCCUAUCAACAAAAGUAUUGGAUAUGCUUCUAGGAUAUAACACAGAGCUUUCCAUAGAUGACAUUGCAGACGUAGAUUCAAAGGCUUUUAUAAUUCAGCUCUCCGAAGCUGAAACCGACAACCAAAUGCCAGUUGACUGGAUGUUGGAUAUUGGGUUAUCACCACCCUUCAAAGUUGAGAAAAAGGAACAUCUGAUUAAAUUGGCCCUAAAGCAAUUACAGUACUACAGAAUACAUGCAGAACUGCAGCAGUUCCGAAAAGGACUUGAAUGUUUCGGAUUUUUGGAUAGUAUUAGAGAAUAUACAGAUGGAAUUAAAUCUCUCUUGUGUGCAAGCACUGAAAGAUUAAGUUUUGCCAUGUUUACAGAAAAUAUACAAUACAACUUUAGUCCUGUGGGGUCCAACUAUAGAAGAGAAGAAGAGAAUUCAGUGUAUGCUUUAGAAGCAUUCAUACAGGAUUGUUGUGAUGAUGAAUGCGAAGUUGUUGAAUCUGAAGUUUUAGCAUUCUGGACGGGAACCCCAGAAGUCCCACUACAUGGGUUUGAUAAGAAGUUAGAGGUAAACUUUGUGAAUGGAAUAGAUCUCCUUCCCAUAGCACAUACAUGCGACAUGUCAUUGGACAUUCCACGUGGUUUGACUCCGGACAUUUUUAGAAAUAAAAUGGUUACUGCAGUCCAGUGGGGGGGACAAUUUCAUUUGGUAUAACUGUAGGAUUCAGUGAGCUGUUGGAUGAUUUCUUUCUGAGCCAGCAGCAUGUUUUCAAAGCAGAAAUACAUUAAAAUGUUUGUCUUUGUUCAGAGACUGGAAUUGCUCUGCUGUUCAAUGACUAUAGUUUUGUUUAUAGUUUAUAAAAAACAGGAUUAAAAUUAAAGUUAAUUUCAUGAGAGUUUCUUUACAUUGUUACUCAAAUUUAUGUUAUUGUCUGUUCAUUUGAGUCAGUUCCCUAUAUUUCAUUCUGUUAAGCACACUAGAAUAGUCAAGAACUGGAGUAUCUACUUAACUUGCACAGAAUGUAAGAGUUUGAUUGCUGGUCAUCUCCAAAGGAAACUCUAGACCACCAGGUCAAUGUUUAGAAAAACUUACUGAAGUUAAUACAAGCUGUUAAAAAUUAAAAAAAGAACUGGCAUCACAUCAUUCGAUGGUUGGUAGACACAUCUUGUUGAUAAUGCAUCUUUUCACUUUUUGACAGUUUAUAGAAUGUUUGGGAAAAAUUAUGCUGAUUUUGUAUACAAGUAAUUUAAAUUUCUUGUUUAAACAGUUCAAGCUAACGUUCCCUGUGAAGUAAAUGAAAAUUGUCAGAAUAUCAAUUGAGUGUUGGGAAUGUUUUAUUUAAUUGCACAAUACAAGCUGUUAAAAAUUAAAAAAAGAACUGGGAUCACAUCAUUCGAUAGUUGGUAGACACAUCUUGUUGAUAAUGCAUCUUUUCACUUUUUGACAGUUUAUAGAAUGUUUGGGAAAAAUUAUGCUGAUUUUGUAUACAAGUAAUUUAAAUUUCUUAUUUAAACAGUUCAAGCUAAUGUUCCCUGUGAAGUAAAUGAAAAUUGUCAGAAUAUCAGUUGAGUGUUGGGAAUGUUUUAUUUAAUUGCACAAGUGGUACAAGAUAUUAAACAAUGUUAAAUGUACAGUUUCAGUUCAUGUUAUGCACAUGUUUUACAGGAUUGUGUUAAUGUGUUAAGAAUUUUCUAACAAAUUGAGCUGAUUCUCUUAUGUUUAAGUUUGUUUUAAAACUGUAUGGGAUACAGUGUAAUGCUAAAAUAUCAUGUUUCAUUUUAUGGACAAUAAAGAUGAGAAAUU